CUGGUAGCUUGCAGGCCUCACUUCUGGACGGCAACCCCUAUGGUAACCAGUCGAUCUUCUCCGGCUUGCCAGCUCCCAGCGCCUCCAGCCCCGGCCCCUUGGCGACGCCGCUUUCGUCUGCCGCCAAGCAGAAGCAGCGGACUCCUCUCCCUGUCUAUAAGAUCACCCCCAAUGCUGCUAAUCGCCUUCUUACACCCCCCAAACGACAGGGAUACGGGUUCUCUUACUCUACCUAUGGCUCACCUUCGAGCUCUACUGGUACUCCUAACGGACUUGGUGGCAGCGUGCUGGGUGGAAGCCUACGUGGCAGUGUCAAUGGAAGUCUUGGGCGUACCAGCUUCAGUAAGAGUUUGUCCACCAGCAAUCUGCGCAAGACGUUCGACCCUGAUACCGACAGCGUCUUGUCCCCCGGCGCACUUACCUCUGGCAGCUCCCGUCUGUCAAGCGGCAGCUUGAAGCGUCUUACCAUCGAUCGCAGCUUGAGGAAUGACCUCUUUGCUCGCCCAGCUAGUACCCCAGCUGCCCCGAUCACCAUCGGCGAAGACGCAGCACAGCCAGCCGACAAGAUGAAGAAGAAGGUCAGCUUUGAUUCGUCGUCGGAUACGCCAGCCACUGGAGGAGAAAUCGUUCCGGUGCAGUCUCAAAGCCCCGAGCCGACUCCGGAGGAAUUGGGAUUCCUGCGCUCCAUCCGCAAGAGCAACACCGUCAAUGGCCUCAAUGGUAUUAAGCCUACCGAGACCUCUGCUCGUCCUGAGAUGGAGUCUGUUCGUGGUAAUGAACUCGCCGUUGUCCCCGAGAAUGCGGCCACGGCUUCAACUACUCCUGAGGGCCCCUCUCGUCUGCCUUUCGUUCCUGGUGGGGACCCGCAGCCGGGCGAGUACUGGAUGAAGCCCACCCGCGCGGAGAUCAGCAAGCUGAGCCGAGAACAGCAGAAGAAGUUUGUUGGCUUUACCGUUGGUCGUCAAAGGUGCGGUCAGGUGACGUUCGAUGAGCCCGUUGAUCUGACCACUGUGGACUUGGACCGCAUUUUCGGCGACCUGGUAGACAUCGGUGUGCGCAAGAUCACCGUCUAUCCGGAUGAAACCAUCAAGCCCCCCAGGGGCAAGGGCCUGAACGUUCCCUCCACCCUUCGCAUCGAAAACUCUUGGCCUCGGGGUCGCGACAAGAAGUCACCUUCCCCUCUCACCAGCGGCCCUCUAUUUGAUAAGCACGUCGACCGCUUGAUAAAGGUGCACAACACCGAGUUUGUGGACUACGAAAAGGAGACCGGCACAUGGGUGUUCCGGGUGCCCCAUUACACCACCUAUGGUCUUGAUUAUGAUAGCGACGAGGAAGAAGAAGGUGAGAGCCUCAACCAAAGCACUUUUAGUGCUGCUCCUGACACUCCGACUCCGAAGGCUCAAACCCCCGCCAACCCCGAUACGACUAUGGGCUCGGAGAUGAUGUCUGCCUUCUCCACUGAUGACUCCUUUGUGGGUUCCAUGGCCGGCGUCGACGAUGAUACCUUUGAUUUCAAAAAGCGUAAGAUUGUUCCGGGUGCGUUUGGCAACCAAAUGAUGGAGACGGUUGAGGACGAGCGCUCGGUUUCUGGAGACGACGAGGAGUCUUUUUUAGGGGAAGGCUCCACGGGUUCGACUAUUGAGCAAGACGGCGAUGAUAUCACCGAAAGCCAACAUUCUGGCGAGUCACUAGUCGAAUUGGAUGAGGGCGAGGAAAUGGACAUGGCGGGCACCUUUCCAGACCUCCAUCCUACCGUGGAGCGCGACGACACCCAAAGUACCGAUACCUUUAUGGAGACCACCCAGCCUAUACUGAAGCCUUGGAACACGCCUUCGAAGCCUCGUCUCGAUCUGACUGGGGACUGGGCCGAGCAUUUGCAACGCACCAUAAGUCCCCGGAAGCAAGACCGCGAUGCACUUCGUGAGAUCCAAGCCAAUGCCUUCACCGAUCGGUCCCUCCGUGAGGACACCCCCAAGCCAUCUGCCGCCGAUACCAGGCAAAAGGGCUUCGCCACCAGCAUCGAUUUGAUGAAUUCUUUGUUUCAGCAACCGCGCAAACAACAGGCCGCAUCUCCUUUGAAGGCACAAAGCGUGCGGCCCAAUGGUCUCGAGUGGCCUUAUAACAAGAAGCCCAAGACAUUUGCUGGCGAAUCCCACGAGCUAAGCGAAGACGACCUUGCGUUCCAUCACUCAUUCAAGCCGCGCUGGGGCACGCUGAACUCUCUUCUUUGCGUCAAGAAUGAUAUGGCGGACGUGCAGGCGGGGGAUAGCGCUUGGAGGCACAAGCUCUCUUUGACUAGCGAAGGAAGAGAUGUGGCUCUCUUGGAGUUCAACACGCCCGUGGAACCGAGUGAGAUGCUGGAUGCCCAGAGGAAGCUGACUGCUGUUUCACGUGUUGACGGGGUUCCCUUUGCUCGUCUGGCAAAGGCCGAUUUCCGGGAAUUCGUGCAAGCUUCGAACUUGGUACAAUCUGACCACGAGCGACUCCUCUGGCAGCUGGCCAACAUCCUCUUCAACGACAAGACUGAGGAUGACAUCUCUGCUGGUGUGCCACCCAAGCUUCGUUCCAAAUACAUUCACCGGAUCAAGAAAGACCGCCUGACCCGUCUGUGGGAGGGUAUCGUACGUGAAAAGCAUGCACAGGCUGUGGCUAAGGCCAGCUCGGCCGAAGAGCGUGCCUUUUACUUGUUAUGCUCGCAUCGGGUCGAGGAGGCUUGCAAGGUCCUGGUUGCCAGUCAGAAUUUCCAUCUCGCGACACUAGUUGCUCAGAUCGCGCGCGAUCCCACGACGCGCACUGAUAUGGCAAAACAGAUUGAAAUGUGGCGCCAGAACAAUGUGUAUUCUGAAAUGAGCGAGCCCGUCAGAGCUUUGUACGAACUUCUGGCCGGCAACGCCCUUCGCAGCGAAGGUAAAUCCACUGGUGCGCUGGAGGAUCGUCUUUCUACUUUCACAUUCUCUGAGCGAUUUGAGCUGGAUUGGUUCCAGGCUUUCGGCCUUCGUCUUUGGUAUGGUAUUACCGACGAUGAGCCCAUCGAAGCCGCCGUCUGCCAGUUCGUGGAUGACCUCUACGAAGGGAAUGAGCCGGCCCUUCCGACGCCUCUUAAUCAGGAAGACAUCGUUGAUCGCGAAUCUCCUCUGUGGGUCUUGCUGAAAGUGUAUGCCACGACAACUGGUGGAGCUUCUCGGACGGCCAAUCUCCAUCCGCAGGAGUUCCCGGCCGUUCUCCUGCCUGAGUCGGUCAGCGGGGAUAAGCAGUCAAGCCGGCUGUCCUUCCAGCUUUGUCAACUUCUUGCGGCAGCCAUUGGGCGACACGAAAGCUUCCAAGUCAACACAGCCCAGAUGGACCAGCUCGUGUGGGACUAUGCUUGGGAGCUUUGCUGCAGUGGCACUUUGAACCGAGCAUUGUUCGUCCUCCUCCACCUUUCGCACGCAUCGGAUCGCGAGCGUGCUGUGAAGGAGACUCUCGCCCGAUUUGCGCCCCAACUGCCGGAGCCGGUCACCUCGGACGGCCAAACCAAUGUGAUGUGGCACUAUCUCACGCAGGAUCUUCAGCUGCCUGAGAGCUGGAUCUGGGUCUCGAAGGCGCUUUAUGCUCGCGACACGGGUGAUGCGGCACGCGAAGUGGAUUAUCUUGUCCGUGGCAAGAACUGGAACGAUGCACACGCUACGUUCUGUCGUGUUGUGGCGCCAACAGCCGUGAUUGAGGGUGACUAUAGCACGCUAGAGAUGCUGGUGUCGGGCUUUGGCGAGGAGCCUGAGCGCAAGGUGCGCGGCUGGGCCAGUGGUGGUGGCAUUUACGACGACUUCCUGCGCCUGGCUACGGCCAGGAGCGGUAAGCGCGAUGCUACCCGGCUUGCCCGGUUAGUCAGUGCCUUGGUGAAGAUGGGCGAGAAGGUCAGUCAGGGAUCGGGUGUGGAAGGAUUAGAGGAGCGUGUAGCCUUCCGGGAAAUGAGUCGCGUGGUUGCCACCUGGACUGGGCACGAGGACUCAAAGGCAAUCGAGCUGUCCAGCGUGCUCAGUCUACCUUUGACGGGCGAUGCACGCCUUGCACAGACGGCGGAAAUGAGUCGGCGGUACUACAGUCUCAUCAUGGCUGGGGGCUAUUGAUCUAUGAUUUCGGGAAUUUGGGUGGAAGGGACUCCGUUGUUUGGAUGCAGCAUACCGAGUACUAGUUUGAUGCUGAAUCUUUGAUAUCUCGCAUCUUUUUGUGUCUAUGGGUUGACGGAACGACAUGCAGCCAUUGUGUAACUUAGAUACUGUUUUCACUUCUCUGUUUUUGUUCGUCUUUUUCUUUUUCUAUUUUCUUUCUGUGAUUCUUGGAUGCAUUCCGUCCUCGGACUUUGCAGAGGGCGCAGAACUCCGGGUGUGUAAGUUAGCUAGCCGGUCAUUGUGAACGAAACAGUAAUUGCGCAAAGUAAUCAUCA